AUGGUUUGGGAGUUGGUGCGAUCAUGGUUUGAUUCGUUGUGGUUCAAGAUCUCGUCGGUCUUCCUGUUCCAAAAGGAGCUCAGUAUAGCCAUAAUCGGUUUGCAAAACUCCGGCAAGACGACAUUGAUUCGGUUGCUAGGUGGCAAGCCCUUCGAAACGGACACUGUACCGACACUAGGCAUCCAAGUGAGCCACUUUUCGCUGGAGAAUAACCUCAUCAAGGUGUAUGACUUGGCAGGGCAGACAAGGUUCCAGCCGUUAUGGGAGCGUUGCUUCGACAAAGUUGACCUAAUCAUAUACAUGAUUGAUCUGAGUGACACGAUGACUCUCAACGAGUCCCUGCAGAAGCUGGUGAAGGUGAUCCAGAUGGCUAACGGCGACCGCAUUCCGCUGCUGAUCGUCGGAAACAAGACUGAUCUCGUAGCAGACCCCAAGGAUCCGCUGCCUCUUGGCCCAUUGCAGGCUUACAAUCCCGAUAACUGGGAGAAGUUGAAGCUAGAUUCGACCAACGCCCAUCUGCUCAAGAACCCUGACAUUCUCUCCCGGCAAAUAGGCGUCGACCUCGCCGCUCGAACACUUCAUGUCCCCUUGCAAUCAUCAGAGCCGCCAGCCAACGAAUCUAACGCUCAGGGUCCAGCCAACGACACGAAGCAGCUACCGCUACACGGAGAUAUUGCCGUUCUUACGGUCAGCUGCAAGGACGGGUCGCAUAUAGCGGAUGUCAUCGACUGGAUAGUGCAACUUUGA